UCUCAUCGCGCGCACCGGUCAUCACGAGACACCCAACCGUAGCCUCUACGUAGGCUCAUCUACGAAGUUCUUCUUCAGUACCUUAUUAGAAUCCAUUAAAUCCUGUGUACGGCAAAAUUCAAAGGUGCACACGCUCGGUCCUGUUUCUAAUUAUCCCGAUCGAUGGAUCGCAGGCACCCAAAUAAUUGCCGUGAAAAAACCGUAAGCAGGACGGGCACCCCUUCAAUUAGAGCCACCAGCUGUCGGACACGCGCCGCGCAUUAAUUUGCACUUGCGGUAAUUUGGUACGCAAAAACCUCCAAAAUAAACAGGUAUCGAUGCACCUGCGGCGAUCUCGCGUAGCGCGGUAACUGACCGCGCACAGGACGAGCUUAGGUUCGGUGCUUUCGCUAUGAUCAUGCUAUUCAAAGGCAACAGCAGCAGACUGGAACAUCUGAUAGAGAAGAUUCAAGCGAAUAAGGAAAACCACGACGUAACGACAGAAGAGAUAAAACAAGCGCUGGGCAGCGUGGGCAGCGUGGGCAGCGCGGGCAGCACGGGCGGCAGCUCGUGGCCGUCGUCCACGCCGGAGCCGUCGCCGUCGCCGUCGUCCACGCCCACGUCGCGCGACGCCGCGGACGCCGACGCGGAUCCCGACGUCGAGCCGCCCUUCACGCUGGGAGCCACCGAACACACACCAUACAAGUGUAAAUUUUGCGACAAGGCCUUUCCUAGGCUCUCCUACCUCAAGAAACAUGAACAGACCCAUUCAGAUCAGAUGCCGUUCCGCUGCGAGUUUUGCUCGCACCUGUUCAAGCACAAGCGGUCCCGCGACAGGCACGUCAAGCUGCACACCGGCGACCGAAAGUACCGCUGCGCGCAUUGCGAAUCUGCUUUCUCCAGAAGUGACCAUCUGAAGAUUCACAUGAAAACACACGACAACCAAAAGCCGUUUCAGUGCACGGUGUGCAACCGCGGCUACAGCACGGCCGCCGCGCUCACGUCGCACAUGCAGGGCCACAAGCGUGAACGCGAGGGCCGUGAAACUAGCCGGAAGCGUGCCUUGCACUGCUUGCGUUGCGGCGAUGCGUUCCGGCGACCCGAUCUCUUACAAGCUCAUAUGGCGAGUGUUCAUGGCGUCGACGAAACUUCGAUGACGCCUCCUCGUCGAGUUGCGUCUCAGCCACCACCACUGCUUGCUUGCAUAUAUUGCACUCGAGAUACUUUUACCAGCAUGGAGCAGUUACAAUUACAUGUACGCGCAGCUCAUUCAGCACUGUUGAACGGAGAGAGUUCUGCACAGUACACAGUUGACCAGCCGAUGCCGACAGACCUGAGUAGACGAAGUCCUGAAACGUCAACGCCUGCUAAACGUACUAAGUUGAACUCCGGCUGUGCAACACCAAAAAGUGCUCUUUCCCCGAGCACACUCUUGUGCAAUCAGUGCGACGCAGCGCUACCAGACUUUGAAGCGUUUCGAGCUCAUUUGAAAGGUCAUCUUGAAGAAGGUGGGGAGUUAGGGAGGAUGAGUCCCGCACCUUGCCUCCACUGUGGUGCAACGUUUGCUGAUGCAGCGGCCUCCGAGCGCCAUCUAGCCGCUCAUUAUCUCGCUGUGUCUUGUGAAUAUUCUUGCCCCAGUUGUGUACGCAGUUUCCCUACACCGGAAGAUUUGCAAAAACACCUGUUCGAUAUGCACGCUCAUCAUAUGUACCAGUGCAAUCUUUGCAAGGAAAUAUUUGAUUCUAAAGUUGCGAUUCAGGCUCAUUUCGCAAUGUCACAUAGUGCUGAGAACAAAGUGUGGGUGUGUCGCUCGUGUGGCUCGGCUGGGGGCGCGCUGCGCACGGAGGCGGAGGGCGCGGCGCACGUGCGCGCGCGGCACGCGGCCUCGCGCUGCGCGUGCGGCGCCGUGCUCGCGGGCGCACGUGCGCUGCGGGCACACGCAGCCGCACAUCACACCUACCGGUGCCCUGUUCCUACUUGCACCGAAUCUUUCGCCGUGCAGUAUCUACUCGAGCGUCACAUGCAAACUCAUCAUGCUGUUACGCACCAAGGUCUCAACGGCGAUAUAAUCAGAGGCAAACGAACAGAAAACAACAAUGCUGUUGAAGGUGAUGGUGCGAGUUCUCCUUGCAUCAGUGGUGAUGGCCACGUGCCCAUCGUGCCCAGCGGAGAGGAACGUAGGAGAAAGAAUGGAGCCGUGGCAUUGCAGUGCGCGUAUUGUGGCGAGCGCACGCGAAGCAGGGCGGAGCUGGAGGCGCACACUCGUGCGCACUCCGGGGCCGGCGCGGCGCGACAUAAAUGUCUCAUUUGUGAUGAGGUCCUGCCGUCAGCUGGCGUCCUAGCCGAGCAUAAACUUACACAUUGCAAGGUAGUUGCUGGUGAUACUUGUGCUCGAUGUCGUUCAAGACUACCAUCAGAAGAGGCUUUCUUGAGUCACAUGGCACGUCACCACCCUGCGUUACCAGCCCCUUGCGUCAUUUGCCGUCAAACUUUAGCUUCCGAGGCUGAAGCGCGGUUGCACGCCCGUUUUCACUUACGACCGAACGAAGACGAACAAAGAUGUGCAAUAUGUCUAACAGCGUUGUCUGAAAGUGAGGCUGGGGAGGGAGCCAGGGCAUGCAGCGCUUGCUACGCUCGCCAUGCUGCUCCUAGAGCUCCACCGCCCUCGGACCAUGACUGCCGUCUGUGCCGUCGGACCCUCGGCUCUCCGACCCGUUUACAAGCUCAUCUUAUCGAACACACGUUCGCCGGUAUAGGAGCGUUUACGUGCUACCUUUGCUCUGCAAUGUUUACAAGUGCAGCUGGAUUGCAAAGGCAUUUGCCGGAACAUGCUACAGCACCUAGACCUUAUGACUGUGGCCGAUGCGGGUUGAAGUUUUUCUUCCGCGCGGAACUCGAUAACCACGCAUUCGUUCAUCUCGAAGAAGCAGAGAUCGCUCAGAGGGCGUUUUAUGAAGCGUAUGCCCGUGGGGCGGCAUCGGCAUGGGCUGCUUUGCAACCGACGGACUUAGCGCCGCAACCUACUGUAUCCACUCCAGCAUCGGUGGAUAACGAAGUGACAGUCAAGCAGGAACCAGAGGUGAAAGAAGAACGCAACGAUGAAUACAUCGAAGUAUCGUCGCCCCCUCCUCAGCCCCCGCAGCCCGAGCCGGCAUCUACGUCACCUCCGGUAGUGAAACAAGAGAAGCCCGACGAAGACUGAAUGGAAAGCUAAGUUGAACGUUAUCGUCCGGUGUGGGAUACAUUCCUACUGCAAUACUAGAUUACGUCCUUGCAAGUUAUGCAUAGUUAAGUUAAAUUUUGUUAUAGUUGUGUCUGUUGAGCGUUUAGAACGCAAAUAAAGUAAAAUAAAAUUAGAUAGACCCGUCGUCUUUUAUGUUGGUUAGGGAACGUACUAUGUUUUAUAAUAUUUACACACGUAUUUGUAUAAACUUGUUAACUUAAUAAAUUAUUAUUAUUAUGCUUCACUUGA